AUGCCGCGCCUUGCGGCCGCUCUAUGCGAGUGUGGAUACUCUGCCGAAGGAUCCGAGGAUGAUAAUGGGCCGUGGCUAUUCACAGACAUGCUGGAAAGUGACUUCACAAACGUCCCGAACGUCUCGGGGCUUCAAAGCUGGGUUCCGCAGCAGUUUAACGUUUCGGCAAAGGCUGGCCGCGGCAGGUAUGGAAAGGCUUUUAGCCCAGGCAACAUAGCGUCCCAUCCCAAGGCGAAGCUCGGAGAGGAAAAGCCGGCGGCCGCAGACGCAGUCGGAGUUGAGCUACGGGUCGGCAGCGCCGUCGCAAAUGGCGCCAUUCCGGUCGCCGAGAUUGACUCGGCAGCCUUGGACAUGCACUAUGGAUCGUACCGCGCGGGCAUGAAGCUGACGGCCGUCCACGGGACAUGCGCCGCCUUUUUCUGGUACUUCAACGACACGCAAGAGAUCGACAUGGAGUUCUUGUCGCAGGACUAUAAUCACGAGAGGCGGCUGUACCCGGUCAACCUCGUGAUCCAGUCGCAGAAGUCGAUGAAGGCCGGAUACGACGCCAGCAGAACAGACAGUUUCCAGCGUGUCAACCUCACGUUUGACCCGACGGACGGCUUCCAUGAGUAUCGGUUCGAUUACCUUCCUGGGAGAGUCGUCUUCUACGCCGACAGCAGCAAGUUGGCCGAGAUGGCAGGGCACGAGAUGCCCUCAAGCGCUGGCCACCUUAUCCUCCAGCACUGGAGCAACGGGGAUCCGAAGUGGUCAGGCGGACCGCCGACACAAGACGCCCUGCUCACGGUCAGUUACGUCAAGGCAUACUUUAACACGUCGAGCAGAGAAAAGGUGUCGAGCUGGGCGCUACGUUGCGCCGAGGCCCAGGGGGGUGCUGUCUGCAGCAUCCCAGACGUCUUGGCAAGCAACGCAAGCACGGGAGGCCGCUUUUUCACCGGCGAGGGUGCUCGAGGGUCGGACAAGGAGGGCGAAGAGAAUAGCGGGCGUGCUUUGCGAGAAGUGGACGGGAAAAGAGUGCUGGCAGUUGUGCUGGUGGCCACGGCCAUGGCUGUAAUGGGAAGCUCGGGGCUGUGA